UGCAGUAUGGCCGCCAACACAUCGAGGUGGCGAAGAAGAUCAGCAGACUCGACAGUUCCGAUGAGGAUGAAGGUGCCACCACUCCGCCUGUGCCAAGCGACAAGCCACCAUCAGCUCUUAUCAAGGAGAACGGACUCAAUGGUACAAAAAUGACAGUAAUAGAGAGGGACGAGAUCCUCGGACCCUCACCGGAGUUAAACUACAAGCGGAGCUCGAGUCAGGAACGCGUCAACGGACACAAGCCUCAGGAGAAGGUCAACCUGGAGUUCCAUCUGUCUCACUGCUUGGAUCUGGUGAAGGCAGGCAUGGAGUCCAUCAUUGAGGAUCAGGUCACCUCCGUCUUCGAGGCUGAGGAGUUGAGGAGCUGGAACCUCCUCACGAGGACUAACAGGCAGUACGAGUUUCUAACAUGGCGUCUAACCAUCAUAUGGGCUAUGGGUUUCAUAGUGCGCUACUUCUUCCUGCUACCGUUGAGGAUACUCAUCUUUAUAUUCGGGGUGUGGUGGCUGAUCAUAAGUACCGCGUGCAUCGGUACACUCCCGGACGGACCUCUGAAGCAGAAGACCAACUAUACAGUCUCCAUAAUGUGCUUCAACUUCCUAUCGCGGUGCAUAUCGGCGGUGGUGACGCACCACGACGUGCACAAUAAGCCGGCACGCGGAGGCAUCUGCGUCGCCAACCACACGUCGCCCAUCGAUGCCCUCGUGCUUAUGUGCGACAACUGUUACUCGCUGGUGUGGUGGCUGAUCAUAAGCACCGCGUGUAUCGGCACGCUCCCGGACGGACCUCUGAAGCAGAAGACCAACUAUACAGUCUCCAUAAUGUGCUUCAACUUCCUAUCGCGGUGCAUAUCGGCGGUGGUGACGCACCACGACGUCCACAACAAGCCGGCGCGCGGAGGCAUAUGCGUUGCCAACCACACGUCGCCCAUCGACGCGCUGGUGCUUAUGUGCGACAAUUGUUACUCGCUGAUCGGGCAAAGGCACGGCGGUUUCCUGGGUCUGCUACAGAGGGCGCUAGCGCGCGCCUCGCCUCAUAUCUGGUUUGAGCGGUCCGAGGUGAAGGAUAGGCACGCUGUUGCUAAGAGGCUCAAAGAGCACAUAUCCGUCGCGGACAACCCUCCCAUCCUUAUCUUCCCGGAGGGGACUUGCAUCAACAACACCUCAGUCAUGCAGUUCAAGAAAGGCAGCUUCGAAGUCGGAGGCACCAUCUACCCUGUCGCUAUCAAAUACGACCCUCGCUUCGGCGACGCAUUUUGGAACAGUUCACGUCACGGCAUGCUGCACUAUUUACUCAACAUGAUGACGUCAUGGGCGAUUGUGUGCGACGUGUGGUAUCUACCAGCCAUGCAUCGAGCGCGAGAUGAAUCUGCAGUAGACUUCGCGAAUAGAGUAAAGGCGGCGGUCGCAAGGCGCGGUGGCCUGGUUGAUUUACAGUGGGACGGCCAACUAAAGCGAAUGAAGGCGAAAAAAGAAUGGCGGGAGCUACAACAGGAGGAAUUCAGUAAACGGUUAAAAGGCGAGUAGAACCGCGCGACGAUACAGCGGAGCUGUGACACGCCGUGCGGAGCUGUGACAGUACGCGGUGCAACGCUGUGACAUCACGUGACGAGGAACUGUUACAGUAACAGUGACAUGACGUGUCGAAGAUUUGACGGUGACCUGGACCUGUUAUAAUAACAGUGUCGCUGUGAAAUCACGUAACGGGGAACUGACAGUGACCCGUACCUGUUAUAGUGACGUGGAGCUGUUACAGUAUGUGUGACAGUGACGCGGAUCUGUGACGAGAAGUGUAACGGUGACAUGGAGCUGUAACGACGUCACGUGGAACUGUGUCAGUGACGCGCAGCUGUGACAGAACGUCACGUGAACUGCGGAGCUACCACAAUACGUGUUGCGGACUGUGACUGUACGCGGCAGUGUAACAGUGCGUUAUUCUGUGACUAAGUGAUUUAGUGUUGUGACUUUACCGGACGCCAUAUUGGAUUGAAGUUUAUUUAUAGACGCUAUGGCGAGGGAUUUUAUGGAGAGCAUUCUGUUUAAGACACUGGUUUUAGCAUCAUCAA